CUUGGAAUGUUUCACUCCGGCGGGUUAGAUACAAAGUAACAAUCGGGGGUUCGGAGCCUCAGGCAGAUCACAUGGUCACAUGGGCAGCGGGCAACGCUUGGCACACAUCCCUGGCACCCUGCGCUUCACCCAGUGCUGCCAAACCCACCUGUGUGUCCAAUCAAUCAGGAGAGCAGCCCUCACUAGCCGCCUGGACAAACAUUACACUCAGCUGGAUACCGGGCACUGCCUUAUGGUGCCAGCCAAGGGCUACCUACCAUAACCACCUUAAAUCCCUGUGAGGCUGCUGGAGGAGGGCGCACGGCUGUGCCCGGAGACUCGGAAUACUUACUAGUCUGGACUGCAGGAUUGCCCUGAGAUUUAUUAAACUGGCACCGGACUCCAGCCACUCCUAGGAGGGCACAGCGCAGCUGGCAAGGCUUGGGAGAAAAAAAAACACCAACUGUUUGUUUUGCCCAUGUGGAUCCUCUCUGCUGUGUGAUCGUGGUGUAAGCUUCUGUCUGUGCCAAGGGUUGUGAGGGCUGGUGUGGGCAUGAGGACAGCCUGAUCCUGCCUUCCACCUCCUGCCCUCCCCCUGCCUGGCCACCCUGACUGCCCACCGAAAAGAGAUGUCCAGGAGAAAACAAAGCAAUCCCAGACAAAUCAAACGUUCCCUCGGUGACGUGGAGGACCCAGACGACAAGUUAGUAGAGAUGACCAACCAUUCAGAAAAUGAUGGGGUUGAUUCUGAUCAGGAAGACUCUGCCGAUUGUGUCUCAUCUAGCCCAUCCUACAGCGAAGGCCAUGAGGGAGAGAGAAGCAGUCCAGUGACUCAACCAUUAGAGGAAGAAUCGCUAGACGCAGGUUCAAAGCCAGCUGAACUCUCGCAAGCUCCGUCAUCACCCUGUGUUUCAGAGGUUGAAUCUCAAGAAGCCAGAGAGGAUAUUAAGAUGGCUGGGAGUCCGUUCAGUAGCCAGGACCCCGAGGAGACACAGAGUUGGAAUGGGCCAGAUGAACUGGUUUUGGAGAUACCCUCCCCAGAUGGUAUUGUACAGGUCCGUGCACAGAGUCACCUGCCUGAAGGCUUUUCUUGGGGUCCUUAUAAAGGAAGCUUCAAUGGCACGUCAUCAUCUCCUAACCAUACAGAACCAAGCAUCUCUCCAUCGUUGGAUGUGGAAGAUGAUUGCUGGCUAAAGCACGUAAAGCUGGUUUCAUGUGAAGCGGAAGCCAACUCUGUUUUAUACAGGAAAGGUGACCAGAUUUGGUGCCGUACAUCACAGGAUAUAGAGCCAGGUGAGGUGAUCCUGGCCUUCCUAAUGGCUGAACCACAAGCCAUCCCCAAUUACCCAGUGAAAGAAGAACCAGGAGAAACCUCUCAGAGCUCAUCCAGCCUUCCAGAGUUCCAGCUGCUCCCCCAGCAGGCCGGCAUGGCAGCCAUAUUAGCCACAGCAGUUGUCAACAAAGAUGUUUUUCCAUGCAAGGACUGUGGUAUCUGGUAUCGAAGUGAACGCAACCUUCAGGCCCAUCUUAUGUAUUACUGCGCCAGUCGACAAAGCUCCACCUCCCCUUCCAUGGAGGAGAAACCCAAGGAUACCUACCCCAAUGAGCGAAUUUGCCCUUUUCCACAAUGCAAGAAGAGUUGCCCCAGCGCCAGCUCCCUAGAGAUCCACAUGAGGAGUCAUAGCGGCGAGAGACCGUUUGUGUGCCUGAUCUGUCUGUCUGCCUUUACAACUAAAGCCAACUGUGAACGUCAUCUUAAAGUCCACACAGAUACUCUGAAUGGUGUUUGCCAUGGCUGUGGAUUCAUUUCUACCACCAGAGACAUCUUGUACAGCCAUCUGGUCACCAAUCACAUGGUGUGCCAACCAGGAUCCAAGGUCGACAUGUAUCCUGCUAUAAAGCCACUCCCUGCAGCCAAACCCGCAAAUCCAGGUCUGAGCCAGAUUACAGCUGCCAACAUUCUGAAGUGUGGCUUGUGUGGGUUCUUGGCGGAGAGCCUUCCCAGUCUUCAGCAGCAUGCACUUCUACAUGCAUCACCUUCAGCAGCAUUGACCCCUGUACCUGCAAAGUCCCCCUCUGACUCUCAUAAUGAACAAAAGACUGAGCGUUUGGAAAACGGUGAUGCCAAGACUCAGAUACCAUCAUCAUCAUCAUCAUCUUCUCCUUUAUCUGGUAGCGAAGAGCCACCUCUAAAACUUAAAAUUAAAGAGGAGCCAGAACGGCAACAAAGUAUCUGUGAGUCAAGAAUUUCUAGUUGCGAGGCAGGAGAUGGAGCUGCACUAGUACCAUCUCCAACAGUUAAGGUGAAAACUGAAACAUCAAGUCCUACACCAGGUUCCAGUCCUGUCCCAUCUGAAGCAGGUGCAGCACCAGGUGGAGGAACAGUGGUCAUCCCACCAUAUGCCUUUGGGCAUGAGGCUACUACAGCAAUAGUCCCUCAGGCUUCUGAGAUCCUUGCAAAGAUGUCUGAGUUGGUACAUAAUCGUCUAAAGCAGGGUCAAGCUGUUACUCCGGCUGGAUUUCCAGGAACACCUUCACCAAAAGGUGCUACGUGCUUUGAGUGUGAAAUUACCUUUAAUAAUAUCAAUAACUAUUAUGUACACAAACGACUCUACUGCUCGGGGAGACAUGUGAAUGAAGAAAGUCCAACAAGUGGACGCAAACUUAAACUAGUGCCAGCAAGAGUAGCUAGUACCUCUGGAGUUUCUGUUCCACCUCCAGUUGAGGAUCAGCAGAUAUCCCCACCCCAAGAUGAUGCAGAAGCAGAGAGUAGUACACCCACAAUAGCAGUCAAGAUGGAAGAGGGUGCUUCUGUUGAAGGUGAAGGUGUGGGCAGUGGACAUGUGAGUGAGGGCAGUCAAAGCCCAAGUUCUUUGGAAGAUCCAGAGGAAGACCCAACCCGCACAGUAUGUGAAGCUUGUAACAUACGUUUUAGCCGCCAUGAUACCUAUGUGGUGCACAAACGAUACUACUGUGCUUCUAGGCAUGACCCUCCCUUACGCCGUAGUGGAAUCAGCAAACCUGGCCCACCAUACACUCCUCAGCCAACACCAAGAACUCGCAAACGGCGAAAGUUGUACGAGAUUCACGGCGUAACACCGGCAGAGGUAACCCCACCAGCUCUACACCCUUUGGCCAGGAUUGAAGCUCUUCCUCUCAUGCCAGGCUUGAUACCAGCCCCAGGUGUGCCAUCACCCAGCUCUAGUCCUGAUGCUGCUGAUGGUCCCAUCGAUCUAAGUAAGAAACCACGUCUAGCAGUUGAAACAACAAUACCACCUCAAGCAGCUGCAGUUGUGCCCUUGGCAGACUACCAUGAAUGUACUGCUUGUCGAAUUAGCUUCAACAACUUGGAAACAUAUCUGGCUCAUAAGCAAUAUUCCUGUCCAGCUGCCCCCCUACAGCAGAAAGCACUGCAGCAACUUCAGAAGAUAAAGUCUCCUUUAACUAAUGUUGGGAAACUUGGAGAAGACAGUGUGAGAGUAAAAGUUGAGCGAAGAACAAGUCUAAGCCCAGUGUCGAUGACUGAUACCAUCCAGCCUCAAGCUCUACCAUUUUCUGCUACUCAAGAGUCAAAGCCAAUUCAACAGUACACCUCAGUGGCAGAAGUGCCCCCUUCUGCCACCUCUUCUUGUCCCUAUUGUCCUAUCAAUGUUGUUAUCAGAGGAGACCUGCUUGAGCAUUUUAGGAGUGUCCAUGGUCUACUCUUGGCCAAACCUACACCAGGUCAUCGACUUCAAGCCGCAUACAUGGAGGUUUUGAUGCCAGCACGGGUGCAACCCAGCAGUGCUUCAGAGAGCAGCUUACCAAGCCCCCCGGUGUCUGCCUCACCAUUGCAACUACCCGGCCUUAGAAGGGACAGUCUCAACUGUAAAGAUCCGACCUCAUCAUCUUCAUCAUCAUCAGCCAAUGGCAGUCCAGUGUUAAUUAGCACACCCAGACCUCGCAUGCCAAGCUCACCAGCCCUUCCUCUGAAUCCCUUGCCUUUGGCUGAACCCAGGAGGGAAGAUGGGCUCAAAGUUACCACCCAUGCCUUGCUUCCUGAGGACAAAGCUAUGCAGCCCCCGAAAGCAGGUCUGACCUCAACACUCCCUAACGGGAACCAUAGGUACUGCCGCCUCUGCAAUAUAAAGUUUAGCAGCCUGUCGACAUUUAUUGCCCACAAAAAAUAUUACUGUUCGUCUCAUGCUGCUGAGCAUGUAAAAUAACACACAGCAACUGCCAAGUAAGCGACCAUAACUGUUGGAGACCAAGUUGACUGAGGACAUGGUGGAUAAAUUCCAUAAAAAGGUAUCUUAUAUACCUUCAAAUGCAACCUCUAUAAGUGAGAAUAGCCCCCCAUGCAAGAUGCAUUCACUGUCCAAUUCUUCAAACAGAAUGGCUUGGUUGGAGAACUAGUGGUGCUACCGUGACCCACGACCACAUUAGACAAAAGGCAACUGGACUAAAUUGCUAUUUGGUGGUGCAUCAAGUCUCAGAUCUGCAUGGAGUUAAAACUGUUCUAUGAACUGGUGGGCGAUAGUAAAUCCCAACUCACUGAACUCCCUUUCUAAUCUACAACAAGGAAAUGUUACGUUCCAGAUGUUUCAAACUUUGCGCUGGUUAUUGCAAAAAAAAAAAGAAGAAUAACACAGGAAAUUUAACACAAACUCUUAAUUUGUCAUUUUCUCAUUGCCUCCCAAUUAAGCACAAGAAAAAAAAAAACUGUUACAACGGAAGGCAUAUGAAGGCGUUUUGUCUGUGUUACAGGGCGUGGGAAGGGAAUUACAUUUUUUCUAAUAAGUUAUUUUUCAGAUGUAUUUAAAAACAAAAUUUGAAGAAAAAAAAUUCUAAUGUUUUUAUAGGGUAAGAUCUUCACAGAUAUGAAGAGUUAAAUAAAACACACACCUUCUGAAGCGGAGAGACUAAAGUUGCUUCCAAAUCCAUUUACCCAUUCUUGAUUCCUUUAUACAGUGCUAAAAAAAAUUAGACCGACAUGCUAACCUGCACGCCCUUCGAUCACUGACAUCCAUACAUCCAAGGGCUAAAAGAUCAUAUAACCUAGUUUACAAAUGAAGGGUUAAGUUCCCUUGGCAAACACAAGGCAGAUUCUCAUAUAAAAUAAUCUUUUACUGGAGUGGGACUCAAUAAUAAUGAACAGUUACCCUUUCCAAACUGAAGCAGCUGUAUUGACUGGUCCCCUAUUCACUGCAGCAGGCAGUGAUCCUUUUAUACAUUUGCUUGCUAUUUUCUUAGUGUUGUCGGUUGCCAGUUACAUUGAAGGGUACAAGCAUUUUUCCGUUCCAUGUUGUGGGGUGUGAGCAGAUUCUAGCAAUGCCAGCUCUCACCCACUACAUUUUACAAAACUGCAAUUGAGGCAGUUUUCUAAUACACCCAUGCAUAAUUUGCAUAUGAGACUUUGCAGGAGACAUACACUUAGGCUAAUUUGCACUAGAGCAAAAAAAAAUAAAAAAAAAUUCCUAAUUUAAUUAGGAAGAGUAACAGUUUAUCUAAAAUGAAUACCUGAGCUCAUCCCUAUGGACUGUGAUUCAUGGUUGGUCAGGUGCGGUCAGUGGAUUGGGCGUAUAGUAUGGGGGUGUAUUCCGCAACCAAUAGCAGUUCGAGAUUUUGUAACAUUCCAUCCAUUUAGCUGAGAAGGGGCCAUCGGCCUUAGAUAUUGGCAGGCCCCUUCCCCAGCCAUAACAGAUCACUUGGGCUCCUCGAAAGCAAGAACUGGGUAUUGGAGAUAGGGAGGGACUGAGAGCGUCCUUAAAGCACUAUUCAGAUCAACCAUUCGCAAGCAUAUUUUUACCUACUGAUCCCUUGAAGGACUUUCUUUUUUUUAAGGUUGUAUUUUUACAUGAUAUUAAAUAUAACCGAAACUUGGGGGGGGGGGGCGCAAAAGGUUGUGUUAAAAUAGUCCAUAAAGUAUAUUUAUAUAUUAAUAUAGAUACCAAGAGCACUGAUUCACAAAUUAAAACACACAUUUCUGGCAAAUAACUGUGUGUAUAAUUCUGUACAUAAA